AUGACGACUAAAAAAGAAGCGAGAAUCUACUGGGAGAAACAAACGCUCGCCUUGUGCGGACACCACUCGUUAAACGCGCUACUCCAAGGCCCUCACGUUUCGACUCAAGAUUUACAAAAAAUAGCGGACGUGUUGGACGAGGCGGAACGGAAAUUAGGAUUAAAAGACGAAAACGGUCCGAGCGAGAACGUGGAUGUGAACACGGGGAACUAUUCCUUGCAAGUGUUGGAAGAAGCGCUAAAGAAAACGUUUCAGUUGAAGUUAACGUCAGUGUUUAAACGAACGGAGUUGAACGAAGCGGCGAAGAAUAAAGCGUUUUUACUGAAUGCACAUCAACACUGGUUCGCGAUACGAGAAAUCAGAGGGCAGUGGUGGAAUUUGAAUUCGCAACUCGCGGCGCCGUCGAAAGUGAACGGGGAGAUCGUGUGGUACCUGGAAAGUAUGAUUCAAAGAGGGACGCAAGUAUUCGCGGUGGUCGGCGCGUUGCCGCAGGCGCACGAGAUUUUCGGGCAGAAAGACGGCGAGUACGGGAACUGGAUAGCGGAGAGCGAGUGCGAAGAGAUGAACGAAAUAAUGGCGAGAGCGGAGAGAGAAGGGAAAACGGUGGAAAGAGUGAAGGAAGAGAUGAAGGAGGAGAAGAAGAGGAAGAUGAUUUUUAGCGGGAAGGCGAAUACGUUGCGCGGAGGGGAUUCGACGAACAACAAUAACGACGACGAAAAAGACGACGACGACGCGAUAGUCAUAGACGACGCGGAUAUUGGUGUCGACCGGAACGAAGACCCGGAGUUGUACGCGGCAAUGAAAGCGUCGCUAGAAGAAGAAGCGAGGAAGAGAAAGAAGAAUAGCAAAAGCGUUGGUUUUUACGGCGGCAGCAAAGAAAAUCGAGAAGCUUCGGGUAGAGGAGGAGGACAACGACAAGAAGGAACUACUUGGCAAAGUUUAGGCAAAGAAAACGGAAACGACAACAACGGAACGAUGCAACUCGAACAAGAACCAGACGAAAGCCCGGACACGCUUUCCGUCGCCGUUCGCUUGCCGGACGGCGAACGGCUCAAACCUAGACGUUUUCGUAAAUCCAACUCGGUCAAAGACGUGGAAAACUGGAUCGUCAGCGAGAGCAACGCUAAAGUCACGUUUAAGUCGCGAGGAGGAGAUCAGUGCUUAGUCUUAGUUCACUUUCCCAAACGCACGACCUUGGACGAUCCGGGGAAGACGUUAGAGCAGUGCGGGUUUGAAAACAGGGAGAUGUUAACCUUCGCUUAA